GAGGGGGUCUGUAGACUGACAUCUCUAGUGAGGGGGUCUGUAGACUGACAUCUCUAGUGAGGGGGUCUGUAGUGAGAGGGUCUGUAGACUGACAUCUCUAGUGAGGGGGUCUGUAGACUGACAUUUCUAGUGAGGGGGUCUGUAAACUGACAUCUCUAGUGAGGGGGUCUGUAGUGAGGGGGUCUGUAGACUGUCAUUUCUAGUGAGGGGGUCUGUAGACUGACAUCUCUAGUGAGGGGGGUCUGUAGUGAAGGUGUCUGUAGACUGACAUCUCUAGUGAGGGGGUCUGUAGACUGACAUCUCUAGUGAGGGGGUCUGUAGACUGACAUUUCUAGUGAGGGGGGUCUGUAGACUGUCGUCACAGGCUGGGAGUCCUCGUAAAGUGACUGAAGACGAAUAUGAGCAUUUCUAGUUUUCCUUCAUUUUACUGUCCUUAGUAUUUGAACAUUGAUGUCCAGCAAUAACUCUGACCAGUUGAUUAUGUCAGGUAUCUUUUUAAGAUGAACUCUUUCCAUUCCAUUGUGAUAGGUUUAUACAUUGUUGUAUUCAAGUACAGGAAAGGAGAGAAUGUUGCUCUUUUUCCUAGAUCUCAAUAUUUACGUAAUUCGCGUCUUGUCUGUUUGGAUCAGAUAUGGAUACCAAAAUCAUUAUCUAAACAAACAGUAAUCAGCACUGAAUUAACAUUAAAUUCUCACUGGAGCUUUCAGUUGUCAUCCAUGGUUCAUUGAUUUCAUGAAGUCUACAUCAUUGCAAGACAAUUGCAAUGAUAAUUUUCAAAUUUGCCAGUAUCAUAGAACAGGUUUCACACCCCUUGCUGAGGUACCAGGCACAUAGAAUCAUGGACACCCUCCCCCCCCCCCCCCCCCCCCCUUUAUGACAAUGAUCAUUAUUUGUUAUUAUUUAUUUAGUGAAGUAUGAGCAAUAAUAGUAAAAGACUUCACCCCCCCCCCCUUCCCCCACAAAUUAAGAAAAUAGAAUUUUUUUUAGUACACACAACUCGAAAUUAAGGUAGCUCCAUCCUCAUGUGACUUAUCAAUAUUAAUGGUUAAAAGUGGAAAACUUUAUCAAUUUCCACUCAAUAUAGUUUAAUUUAAUUAAUAACCAAAGAAAAUGUAUAUGUUGCCACCUUUUUAAAGAUGUCAGACAUACAAACAGAAGUAUAUAUUAACAUCAGAAAAUCACACAUUUUCGUUAAACAGAAUAAUAAAAAUAGAUAAAAACUUGCUGAAAUGACAAAAUCUAAAUAUCAACAGUUUAAAAAAAACUGCAAAUUCAUAAAUAUGUAUCGAUUAAUCAUGGACAUUAGGGAAACCAAUGUAUAAUAAACAUCCAGUUGAGGAAAUUCCAGCACAGGAGUUAUUGCCCUUGACAACAUUUUUUAAAUCAUAAAUAAUUAUCUAUGGAAAAUAUAAACUUUUUCAGUAUUAACAGUUUAUCAGAUUUUUUAUUAUAUCCAGUAAAUAAUAUUCCUCAGAAAGACAUAUCUCUAUCAUGCGCAAAGUUUAAUUUAUUAAGAUUUUGCAAAAACCUAUGACGUCACAUGAGGAUCGAUCAACCUUAACAUAUGCCUGUCAGUCCGUGACUGGUUAAAGGUCUGGCGGACUGACUAACAUUUGUUUUAGUCGGUCCAAUGGGACUGGUCAAUUUUCUGAAAGGUAAUUUUGGAACAAUACUUAUGGAAUCUUAAACACAUAUCUGGCAUUCCUCUGUAGAUAUAAGAUGAACUAGAUUAGUAAAUAUAAAUCUCACAUAAGUGUUACAAUAUUGUCUGAGGCAUAUCAAAUUAAAUUCCGUUAUUUUAUUUCAAUAACAUGAAUGAAAUAUGUUUGUUUCUGAAAAACUCUGGUGGACUGGUAAAUUUUUCUACGGACUGGUUGAAAUCAUACCCUAACAGUCCAGCUGGACUGGUGACAUAAAAAGUUAGUUUCAAGCCCUGGUACAGGCAAUAAUGGUAACCUCUUACAAAUUAGGAUUUUGAAGAUGGAGCAAAACAUUUUGGUGGGUCUUUUCUUUCUUGGUUUUUUUGUAUUGUGAUUUUUUUUUGCUUCCCCCCCCCCCCUUCCCCACUUUUAUAAAUGAUGAUUGAUGAUAUAUGCCUGGUACGGGGGCUUUAGUCAGACAUCAAUAGGUGAGCUGCCGUUCCUUCUUGUUUUUCACAUUUACAUCAGGUGCCCAUGUAGUUUGUAAAUAAAGCUUGAUCCAUGGGAAAUAAUUUGAGGUGAUGGAAAUUAGACUAUGCAUAAUUUAUCUAGUGAAAAAAAAAUUAUUUGUACUGCUUCAUAAUGAGAUGUAUGUAUAUGUGCAAGAGAAGUAUAUGUUUAGGGUAUUUGUUAGAUUUGUGGAUUAUUUAUUAAUGCAUUACAUCAUUUUUUUGAAUAUGUAUGAAGUCACUAUCGAGCUGGAGACAGAUUGUUUUUAUUCUUAUGUCUCUAUGUCAAUCACUCCACUUAUUAUUUACAGUACAGAUUUGGAACUCGAGCUUUAUCAUAGCACCAAAUAACUAAUGCACAUUUUAACAAAAAACUGAAAAGUAUUGUGCUGUGUCGGUCGUUUACUGAGUAUUAUUGUCUUAGUGUUUAAAAAGAAAUCCAAGUCUAGUAGUUCAUUCGGUGUCGAUCUAUGAGCAGGGCACUUUGCUGUCCACUAGGUUUAUAAACAUUUAUUCAGAAUUUUCAUCAAAUGAUCAUGGUAUGUUUGUUAUCUGUUAAAAUAAUAAAACAAUCUUCUGAAAACU